AUGACCGUCAGCUGGAACACCUACUCGCAGUUGCCUCAUCCAACAGUUUGCUUUGGGCGCAGCCCCAAGCAUCUAAGCCGAUGUGUCUCUUCUAAUGUCUCCAUAACCUGUCCCACUUCCACGACUUACAGCAAUGAUGUCUCAAUAGCCGGGUUGGAAGCUGAUACACUGUACUACUACCUGCCUCAGCAUAGCAAUGCGACUACUCCCUACACCUUCAAGACUAGCCGUCAGGCCGGUGAUCAGACCCCUUACACCGUCGCCGUCGCGAUUGAUAUGGGUCUCAUGGGUGCUAUGGGUCUCACCACAAGUGUUGGAAAGGGGGCUCAUAACCCUCUUGGUCCUAACGACAACAAUACAAUCCAGUCCUUACUGGCCCAAGAAGUCAACACUGACUUCCUUUGGCACCUUAUUACUGCUCACAAGCCCUAUAUGGUUGGGCCUGGUAAUCAUGAGUCUAACUGCGAUAAUGGUGGCACCACUGAUAGUGUCCACACCAUCACCUACAAUGUUGGCAUCUGUAUGCCUGGCCAGACUAACUUUACCGGCUUCCGAAACCACUUCCGCAUGCCCAGCGCUCAGUCUGGUGGUGUGGAGAAUUUCUGA